GAGUAAGCGAGACCCUUCCCUGCAUAAUAAUACUUAAGUAAUAAAUCCGUUUUUUAUAUCAAACCCAUCCCUAAAAAAUCCAAACCUUUUUUUUCUUUCUAAAAAUUAAUUAAAAAAAUAUAUUUUUUCUUUUUAAUCUUUGGAUCUCUCUAUUUGCUCUCUUUCCCUCUCUGGUUCUUUCUCUCUUUCUCUCUAUCCUAGGGUUUUGCUUUCACUUCUUCUUUUGCUCUCUCUUGAAAAGUCUUCUCUGUGAAUCUGCAAAAUCUCACUUAUUUCAUCUUACUGGGACAGAAACUCACGAGCAAGUGUAUAAAUUUGUUCAUCAAUGGGAGAUGCAGAAAAUACUCUUCCAUCUUCAAAGAAGAGAGCUGCUGGAAGGGAGAUUUCAAGAGACAACCCUGGUCUUGAUGAUGAGGAAGAUACUUUAGAGCAAGAGACUGGAACCUUCAAGAGGGCCAGUGACGAGGUGCUGGCAGGCAGAAGAAUUGUGAAAGUUCGUCGUAGCCAGACCUCAUCUACCCCUUCAUCCAAUCCAUUUGCUGGGAUUCGCUUGGUUCCUCCUCCUGAACCAACUACAGUCCUUGCUGCAGCAGCAACUGAAGCAGUCACUUCUAAUGAGAAAGCUUCAGAAGAUAGGAAAAAUGAUGCAGUUAAAGAUACUGAAGAGGGUAAAGAUGAGACUGGUAAGCAGCUAGAAAGCAAAAGUGAAGAGCAAGUGGCUGAAACAGUGGCAAAGGAGAUUGCUGAGGACAAGGAGAAUAAUGGUGUAGUUGAUGAAGGAACUGAAUCCAAAGUUGAUAAUGAAAACCCUGCAGAAGAUGAUAAGACAGAGAAUGAAACAGCUGAGGGUGGUGAAAAGAUAGAGAAUGAAAAGGCUGCUGGUGAUGAAGAGACAGAGAAUGAGAAAGCCGUGGAAGGUGAUAAGACUGAAACCGAAGAGAAGAAGGAUAAUGGUAGUGAAAAUGUAGAUCCGAGUGCUGAAAGCAAGCCUUUGAGCUCAUUCCAACAGCUUUCUAGCAGUCAAAAUGCUUUCACAGGGCUUGCUGGAACUGGGUUUUCAACUGCUUCAUUUACCUUUGGUUCAGUUUCUAAGGAUGGGUCAUCAGGUACCAGUACUGGUUCUUUAUUUGGUUUUGGUCUUUCUAAUAAUGGUAGUUCUUCAAUCUUUGGCACACCGGGUUCUUCGAUUGUCUCAAAGAAUGAGGGAACUGGUUUUCCAUCAAUGCAAGAGAUUCCAGUUGAGACAGGAGAAGAAAAUGAGACAGUGGCUUUCUCUGCUGAUUCAGUGUUGUUUGAGUUUCUUAAUGGUGGGUGGAAAGAGCGGGGAAAGGGAGAGCUUAAGGUGAAUGUCUCUACUACUGGGACAGAAAGAGCUAGACUUCUUAUGAGAGCUAGAGGUAAUUACAGGUUGAUUUUGAAUGCAAGUCUUUACCCUGACAUGAAGCUCACGAAUAUGGAAAAGCGAGGGGUCACUUUUGCCUGCAUGAAUAGUACUAGUGAAAAUAAGGAUGGUCUUUCUACAUUUGCUCUGAAGUUCAAGGAUGGUUCCGUAGUAGAAGAUUUCCGAGCAGCUGUAGCAGCGCAUAAAGAUAAAGCAGCUAUAGUUCUGAAGACUCCAGAGAAUUCGCCUAAGGGUUCAGAUGAGUGAAAGGUGUUCUACAGUGAUACAUAGAAUUCUUGUCCCUGGGCUGCUGUCUCCUCCUUGUUGCAGCAAAAAAGCAUCUUCCUUGGAGUAGCCCUAUGUAGUAUGAGUCAUGAUGAAGUAUGGUUCCUUUUUUGGUUGUUUAACUUCAAUCUAGUCCUCAGGAAAAUGCUUUACUUUAUUUGGGUCAAUUGCGGGUUCAAACUGCAUAAUUUGCAGCUCAAGAGAUUUAGAAUGUUCGACAAUUUUAUAGUUGCUCCCUCUAAUAAGGGAUAAUAUGAUAUAUCAAAUUGCAUAUGUUGCAUGUUGA